ACACAAUUUUAGGGAUUCUAUGCAACUGAAAAUCAUCGUGUUUGGAGCGCCAGGAAGCGGCAAAGGGACCAUCAGUGAACGUCUUGUGUGUGAUUAUGGGUUUUACCAUAUCAGUGCAGGGGAGCUUCUUCGCAACGAAGUUGAGAAGCGGUCACCCCUAGGUCUGCAGUGUGCAGCCCUGAUGUCGGCAGGUGAAUUAAUCCCAGAUAAGCUCAUGAUAGACAUGAUCUGCCAAGUCCUUAAAGGUUCUCCAGUUAAAGAUAAGCCCAUCCUAUUAGACGGUUUCCCUCGAACGCUGAAACAGGCAAAGGAACUCACAAUACGUGGGUUUAACUUUGACAUUAUGUUUUACCUUCGUGUGGAUCGGGAUGCGUUGCUUGAAAGAUGCUUAUCCCGGCGGCAGGAUCCUGUUACCAAAAAAAUAUACAACAUAAUGAUCGAUACUCCACCGCCUGAAAUUUUAGAUCGUCUUCAAAUACGCUCAGAUGACACUAAAGAAAAGCAUAAUCGACGUAUGAAUAUCUUUUUGAAACAAAAGGAAGAUUUGGCUCGUUAUUAUUUUGAUAUUCUAAUGGAAGUUGACGCUAACUCCAGCGUUGAGGAGGUAUACAAAAAAAUCAAGAUAUACAUUGAUUGGCAUAUUCAACAGGACCAUCUAGAAAAUGAACUUAAUUUUGACAGCCAUUUGUGAUAAAUUCAUGAAUAUAAUUCUCUCUUUGUUUAUGUAAUGGUCAUAUCUCUUUUGAAACCUUGGGCUAGCUUAAAAAAAAAAAUACAAAACUAACAAUUGCAUACAUAAAGUCUGAAAAUAUGGAGAAAUAAGGUAGAAGUUAUUAUGAAUAACCUAUCUUUUUGCUAUUGAAUGAGUGUCUCUAAAUAUAUGAAACACUAUCAAAACAGGUAUAAGUAUAUUAAGAAGUGCAAUAUAUAUAUAUAUUCAUUUUCCAUACCUAUAUAUACUUACUGAAUAUAUAUAAAGGCAUACGGCUGGGAUAAUGUAUAGCAAAUGAACUAAAAAAAUCAUAAUAUUGUCAACCGUAUGCAUUUGUUAUAUCCAUGCCGUAGAAUGCAAUAUAUAUAAAAAAGAGAGAGCAGACAAAAGCAAUAAUUUAAUUUAUCCAAUUUAUAUACCUUUUACGCCAAUGAUUUUCAAAAAUAAACAAGUAGUUUGGGUGAAUGUGGUCUUGAUAUCUGGGAAAUAAUCCAAUUCAUUUAUAAGCUGAUUAAACAAUUUCACUUCAACCAUUAAAGUUCUCGUUAAAGUGAAACCAUAUUUGCUUACUUUUAAUAAAGGACAACAUUACUUUCUCAUAGCGUGAUUUCUGCAGUGCUCUUAUGUAGACCCAAUACUCUAUUGCUUAGGAUCUUUCAGAUUUGGCCCAUUUCCAUCAACAUCAAUGUCCUUUUUACCUGAACAUGGACAAAAAUCAAGUUCCGUUUUUUUGUAGUUCUCCAAAAAGCGAGGAAAAAUAAGCAAGGAAACAUUCGCGUCGCUUGUAAUCACGCUCAAUAACAUUUGUGAUUCUCAUCGUAUCAGUUAUAUUGCUUAUCAACAGGGUGAACACAACACCAGCCGUAGAGAUGAAAAAUGGAAUAGGACAGUUUGUGUUCAAAAGACGCCAAGACGUAUGUUCCUUCCUGUAAAAAACUUAAACUGCUUUUCCGUUUUUUCCAGCUUUUCGAAUGACUGAGAUUCCAUAGACCUUUUUAAUAGUACUCUUCUGUAUAUUUUGCCUUCGGAUGUCAACAAGUUACCAGUUGAGAAUGGAAAAAA